GCCGUUGCGCUGCUGCUGCAGCACUCCGGGGGGCCCCCGCGGCGCCAGGGGCACCGCCGGGAUCAGCAGCAGCAGCAGCAGCAGCAGCAGCAGCAGCAGCAGCAGCAGCAGCAGCAGUGGACAGGCCGGACAAGAAGCACUGGACUCCGCUGCUGAUUGCUGUCACUAAGGAACACUUGGGCUGCGUGCGGCUGCUGCUGGAUGCUGGGGCGAGUCCCCACAGGCUGCUGUGUCACCGCUGCGCGCCCUGCAGGGGCAGCAGCAGCAGCGCAGCAGCAGCAGCAGCAGCAGCUGCUGCUGCUGCUGCCGCGGACCAGCAGCAGCAGCAGCAGGACCCGCAGGCGCCAGACGCGGCCCCCGGCAAACAGCUCCAAGCGGCAGCUGAGGAGAGCAACCCACCCAGCAGCAGCAGCAGCAGCAGCAGCAGCAGCGGCGCAGCGGCGCCGCUGCAGACGUGGAGCGCAGCAAUCCACUUUGCUGCUAUCAAAGGGAAUAUUCCAAUUUCCGAGUUGCUGCUGCAGCACGGAAGCACAGUGAACGACUUGGACUCGGACAAAAGGCCUCCGCUGCACUACGCGGCUUGUCGAGAUAAACCCCAAUACGUCCAGUGGCUGCUGCAGAAAGGAGCUCGUCUGGACCUGCUGGACGUGAACGGCCGGGGGGCCUUCCAUGCUGCAGCAGCAAAAGGCAAUCUGCAAACUGCGCAGCUGCUGCUGGAAGCAGCAGCACCAAAGUUGCUGCUGCUGCUGCUGCUGCAGCAGGACAGUUGGGGCCUCACUCCCGAGGCCCUGGCCAAGCUGCACGGCCACAGGUCCAUGCACUUGCUGCUGAAGUCUUACCGGGAAGCAAUUGAGCCGCAGGUGAAUAUGGAGGAAGCAGCAGCAGCAGCAACAGCAAAAGCUGUGGGGGCCCAGGGCCUUUCUGCUGCUGCUGUGUCUGCAACAAUUGCUGAAGUCCUCGCCACGGGGCUCCAGGAGCUGAAGAAGUCGAAGCUUCUCCGCGCUGUGCAGCGGCUGGGCACUUUGCCCUGCCUGAAGGCUUACCAGCAGACUCUCAUGAUUCAAGCCCUCGGCGGGAUGCUGGUGGCGGACGGCAGCCGCCGCAAAACAGCAGGAGGAGUUUUCUUUACUGUUUUAAAUGAAUUUGCAAAAGAGGGACAAAUCUCCAGAGAAGACCUCGCCUUCGUCAACGCAGAAGACUGCGAAACGCAAAAGGCGAUGCGGCGCCGGGCGAGGCCCAUGCUGGAAGUUGCUGCGAGGCCCCCUCCUGCUGCUGCUGCUGCUGUUGCUGCGCCUGAAGCUGCUAACUAUGGAGCGCUGCAGCAGCCACGACAGCAGCGGCAGCCGCAGAGGCAGCAGCAGCAGCAGCGACAGCAGCCAGCGCAGCAGCAGCAGCGGCAGCAGCAGCAACCGCAGCAGCAACAGAGCCAAAGGCAAGGAAGGAGCCAGCAGCAGCAGCAGCAGCAGCGUCCCCAGUCACAACGCCAGCAGCAGCAGCAAGGUCGGGCGCGGCAACAGCCGCAGCAGCAGGCUGCAGCUGCACAGCAGCAGCAGCAGCAGCAGCAACAGCAGGAGGAGGAAGAGUCCUCGGGCGCGUCAUCUCCGGCCAGCGGCUCUUAUGCUUCCAUUGUUGCUGCUAUGUCGAGCAGCAGCAGCGAGGCCCUGCAGGCGCCUGCGCAGUCCGUGGGCAGCAGCAGCAGCAACAACGCAGCAGCAGUAGCAGCAGCAGCGCAGCAGCAGCAGCCCUUUCCGUACCCUCUUUUCGCUAUGAGCCCCUUCUGGCCUUUGGGCUUCCCAGGGGCCAUAUCGCCUCCUGCUGCUGCAUGCAAAGCGGGCAGCAGCUCUUGGGGUGCAGCAGCAGCAGCAGCUGCUGCGCAGCAGCAGCAGCUUGCUGCUGCUGUGGCAGCCUCUGCCGCAAUGAGCUUCUCUGCACCGCCCCUGUCAGUGCAGCAGGCUGUUGCUGCUGCGCAGCAGCAGCAGCUGCAGCAGGCUGCACUGGCUGCUGCAGGGUUUCCCACAAUACUGAAGCAGCAGCAGCAGCAGCAGCGACGCGCAGCGCCUUCUAGCCCUACCAAGCCGAGGCGGCAGCAAACGAGCAGAAGUGCAGCAGCAGCAGAUGCAGCAGCAGCAGCAGAAACCACCGAGACGCCGCAGCAAACUGUAAAGCUUAGCAGGAGGAGCAGGACGGACCAGCAGCGGCAGCAGCAGCAGCGGCAGCAGCAGACGCAGCCACAGACGGACACGCAGAUGCUGCUUGAGAAGAUCCAGCAGCAGCAGCUGCAGUUGCAGCAGCAGCAGCAACAGCUGGAGCAGCUGCAGCUGCAGCAGCAGCUGCAGCAGCAGCAGCAGCUCCAGCAGCAGAAACUACUCGCAAAGGGAGCCGGAGUGCAGCAGCAGCGCGACCGGCCGGGGGCCCCCAAAGGCGGGAGGCCCCCCCGGGGCCCCCGCUACUAA